UCAACCACACCUGAAAGACUUAAUAUCUGUAACAAAGUAUUUAGUAGCAAAGUAGUAUGGAAGUAAUGGUAAUAGUGGCAAAAGUAACAGUAGCAGUUUUGUAGCAAUGGUGACAGUAGCAGUAACGAAAGUAACGGAGCAAGGAUCAAUAUUAAACUAACUCAUAGGCAAUGGAUCGGUAAUGAUAGGUGUCGGAUAAUAAAUCAUAUCAACAGUGGUUUAAUUCAUAAUUGGCUUAAACAUUAAUGCAACUUACUAAGAACAAUUCUUUUGAUGAAAACCACCGCGCAGGGAGUUCCGUACCCUUCGCGCGUUGAAUUUUGUGGAGAUUCUUACUCAUCACGAAGAAGGGAAUGGACUGAUGUAAGAAUUGUGAGAAGACUGCAAGGAUCGCGUCACCAAGAGAGGCUUGCUGCUCGUAAUCAUUUCAGAGCGAUGCGUGAUAGUCAGCGAGCGGGCGGAAGCAAGCCUACCCCCCUAUUCAGGCUUGCAAUGGAUAACCUAAGGGAUGCGGAGCUUGUAGAGGAGUGUAUCAGGGAUUGUGAUACUCCAGAAUAUCUUACUUGUCCAUUGUUGGGCGAGCUUAUGAUUGACCCGGUGACAAUUGCCACGGGGAAGACAUUUGACCGACAGUACCUCAAGGAUUGGUUUGAGAAGAACGGGCAUAUCUGUCCUGUGACCGGCCAGCCUGUUUCAGGUGCCAUUGUCCGAAACGAGCGUAUCCGAAGGUAUUUGUACGAGUGGGAGCGGAUCACCAAGGUCUCAAAAGAACAUGAAGUGAACUCACGUAGUAGUAGGAAUGACAGUAUAGUUCGUCAUAUUUCACUGCCUGUAUAUAUAUAUGUCUUGUGUGCUUCCCGAAUUACACUGCUGCUACUUUUUAUCUUUUACUGGAAAUAUAAACAGAUCAUUACAGUCUCUUGUGCCUAA